UACAAAAAAGUUGCUCUCCAAGAACUAGUUUUUGUGCCCGAUUGUUUCCCAGUUGUUUUCUGGGUCAAUAAUGUCUUCAACAGUGAAUCCUACAAAGAUGGCCUUAGAACGCCAAAAGAUUGGAUCUUUUAAACUUGUGGAGCGGCGAUUCGUCGAAAUGGAUCGACGCUGUGAUGGUCGCAAAGUCUCCAUAACCUGUUUCCAUCCAACAGAACCCGUCAUUGUUUGUGGUUUCAAUCAAGUAAUUUUGCUGAGUGCAGCUGACUGGUGUGUUUCUCUAUCUGAGUGGAAACAAAAGAAAAUCAAAUUUGAAUUCAACUCUCUGCUUCAAAUCGGAUCUCUUCGAUGGAAUAUGAAUGGUUCUCGAUUAGCCGCUGGUUGCAAUGAAGGUAGCGUCUAUGUCUGGGCGUAUCCAACUGCUGAAAUUGUUUAUAAAGUGCAGGAGCAUACUGACUGGAUUGAAACGCUAUUCUGGAGCCCAUUUAAAGAACAUUUGUUUGCCAGUUGUCAUAUUCUCCUUGAUAAUGUGAUGAUAUGGAAUUCAUUUUGCAGUGACACAAAACGUCCGUGUGGGAUACUUGGCGAAGUUGGUGUAGUCGAAUGGGUAUCAACAGAUAAAAUAGCUAUCGGAUUCUCAAAUGGGCUUAUCGAGAUUCGUCAGAUCAACGAGAGUGAGUCAACUCUAACUUCGAAAAUCAUCAAACAAUACCAACAAGAGUCGAGUUACUGGUCUCUGUAUGAACAACAAUACCCAAUUUUUGGCCUCUUGUUAUCAAAAUGGAUGGAUUAAGAUUUGGUCCAAGGAAAGCAUCGAACCCACUUACAGUUUGAAAACCGAUUCCGAGUGUUCGGCAAUCGCUUGGCGUCCAUCCGUCAAAACUCCUUCUGGCGUAAGGAUCACCGUCGCAAGAAAGGCGCUAGAAAACUUUACUUUGGCUUGUGGACUGAAAGACGGUUCGAUCCUUAUCUGGAAACCAUUGGAAAAGGACAAGGCCAAAAAGCAAAUAUCCCUUUCUAUUGCUGGAAUUUCGCAAUCUUACAAGUUUUCAAAUUUUCACCAGAUGGCCAAUUUUUGGCUGUGCUUUAUCAUGAUCCUGGAAUAUUUAAUAAGGAAUUUCGGGAAUGUGAUACCUUCAUCUUUUCCACAGAUAAUUGGAUCCCAAUAUUCAGAUGCCAUUGUCGAAGUAUACUCGGUGGACACAUGUCUUGGAUGCCCACGGACUUGUCUGAGGGUGCAGCUUAUAAAUUAGCGAUUUCUUCUUGUAAUAAUCAAAUCAACGUUAUCGAAGCUGUCGCUGUUAAACGGGAAGAGAUAAAAAAUCUUAAACAAUCAUAAUUAAUUAACUGUACUUGAAUUUAGAAUUGUCACAUGCAGUAACAUUGUUAUUAA